AUGCAUGACCGUUCCGAAAGAAGGAACAGACCAAAGACACGCGAGCGAGCGGGAGUAAAUUUCCAUGUGGUUCUUGGUUCAGGCGAUGUUGGAGACACGUUCGGGUUUGAGCAUCGAAGCAUGGCAACGCGACAUCGAACAUCGAGUUUGGGGUUCGUCGCUGGUGAUGGGCAGCUCGUCUUGGUAUUUGUGAAUCGGGAUCGAUUGACAGGCACAACCGUAUCUAUCCUUCAACAAAGUGGGGGUUCCGAAGGUGGAAGAAAUGCUACGAUUGGUGGGGUGGGACCCGUGGAAGAGGUCCGAUCUUGCUUAGAGCGGGACGGGGGAAAGACCGCAACUGCCAGAUCGUGA